CUACUAUAAUAUAUGUUUCUCAAAGCUUAAACCAUAACUAGCAUUGAUAUCUCACCACUCAAAAGCCAUGGACUGGUUCUCUUGGCUCUCAAAAACUGGCCUUGACCCUUCCCUUGUGUAUGAGUAUGGCCUUGCUUUUUCCCACAAUGAGCUUGAAGAAGAAGAUAUAGCAUAUUUCAACCAUGAGUUUCUUCAGAGCAUGGGAAUAUCCAUAGCCAAACACAGGCUGGAAAUUCUCAAGCUGGCUAGGAAGGACAGAGGAGUGACCCGAAGACCGGUGUCAAGACUUCUUGUGGCAAUCAAGAGGACUAAGAGGUGCCUUUCUAGGUACAUCAGGACACUGAUUCGCCGGGAAGAAUCGGCUCUUGUUGUUGUUCCGGCCAGUAGGGAUUCUUAUGGAAGCAGAUGGAGGGGGACAAUGUUGAAGAGGAACAAGAGGAUGGUAGCGCCAAAGCAGGGGAGGUCUCCCCUGCUUCUCACAAAUGGGAGUCCUUUGGUGGUGGCAGGGCAUAGAAUUGAUGGCUUUUCGAGUCCGGUGGUUUAUGAUUGCCGGAAGGAGGAGAAAAUGGACGGAGAGGAAGAUGGAUAUUGGCCGGCAGCCAUUGAAGAGAUCAGGUGGGACACCAUGUUUCAGGAUCUGAAACCUACAUGAAGAUUUUUCUCGGAUCAAGUGUGCAGGAAGAUUGAAUUUUAUGUUCUAACUUUAGUGGUGGGUCAUCUUAGAUGCAUACUGGCUCUGUUUCAGCAAUGAGAUUGUCUCGCAAUCUCUCAAAAAUGUCUCCCCCCCGGUUUUUGUAUCUUGUAUUUUGUUGUUCUUUGGUUUUUGGGAAGGUCAUUGUGUUGAACCUAUUAGGUAUGGAGAUGUGCAGCAAGCCUAGAGGAAAAAAAAAAAAAAAACCAAUAGUUUUCUUUUUCUUUUUCUUCAUCUCUUUUUGGGUGGUAAAGUUUCAUGUUUUAGAUACCCAAAUACAUAGGAGAAUUGGUA